AUGGCAUCACACGAAGAAGUCUCGCUCUCGGAGCCUGGCACCAGCGACCUCCAUCACACACGCAACGUCGAGGCAGAUGCACCAGCAAAUGACACUGGCGCAUCAGGCGCUGAUGGCACAGCCAUGACCGACGAGGACGCUGAGAUCGAGGCGAUGAAACAGAGAGUAGCGGAGAUGGAGGCGGAAGCGGCCAAGCUUCGCGAGCUGCAGCAGGCGGCGGGCGAGGCGGGUGGCGCAGGCCUCCAUCCCACCGAGGAGGAGCGCGAAGAGGUCGACUCGAGGAGCAUCUACGUUGGCAACGUCGACUACGGUGCGACGCCAGAAGAGGUGCAGCAACACUUCCAGAGCUGUGGCACCAUCAAUCGAGUCACGAUCCUCUGCGACAAGUUUACUGGGCAUCCAAAAGGAUUCGCAUAUGUCGAGUUCGCAGACCCAUCGCUGGUCGCCAACGCCAUGGUGCUCAACGAAUCCCUGUUCCGCGGCCGACUGAUCAAGGUCACCGCCAAACGCACGAAUAUGCCGGGCAUGGCAGCACGAGGGCGCGGUCGAGGUCGCGGGCGUGGCCGUCCGUUCCGUGGACGCGGUCGUGGCCGUGGUCGAGGUUACUACUAUUGA